AUGGAAUAUCUGAAUGCCUUUCCAGUGUCUGGGCAGCUCUACACAACUCAUCUCCUGUCACUCGAAGCCCUGCUGACAGUGAUUGACAGCACAGAGGCUCAUUGUCAGGCCAAAGUGCUCAACAGCGCUGCACAGCAGGACCAAUCAGAAUCUACGACCGUAGAAGGAGAUAGUUCAGUCAGUACAAUCACUGAUUCAACAACAGAGGCUGGCAAAUAUGCACCCAGUUGUAAUGGGCAGAAUGCUGUUGUGUCAGAGUCAAGAAAUGCCUGUCCUCCCACCAGCGGUCAUCUGAUGGCAGAGAAGAUGAGAUUAGGUAGACAGGAUCAGGAGGAGACGGACACUGCAGAGAAGAAAAGCUUGAAGCCUCACCGUUUCAACAGCUGUCUUCCAGACUCUCAGGAACUUUUAGAGAUCAAGAACAAGAAGAAGCUUCUGAUCACGGGUACAGAGCAGUUCAAUCAGAAGCCCAAGAAGGGCAUUCAGAUCCUGCAGGAGAAAGGCCUGCUCAGCAGCCCCAUGGACAAUAAUGAAGUAGCCCAGUGGCUGAGAGAAAACCCCCGCUUGGACAAGAAGAUGAUCGGAGAGUUUAUCAGCGACCGCAGGAACACUGACCUGCUCGACAGUUUUGUCAACACGUUCACCUUCCAGGGCCUGCGCAUAGAUGAGGCGCUCCGGUUGUAUCUGGAGGCAUUCCGUCUUCCUGGCGAAGCGCCUGUCAUUCAUCGGCUCUUGGAAACCUUCACUGACAACUGGCAAAAAGUGAACGGUAAUCCCUUCCAGUCAAACGACGCUGGCUUCGCCCUGGCUUACGCAGUCAUCAUGCUAAACACUGAUCAGCACAACCAUAACGUUCGAAAGCAGAACAUCCCCAUGACACCGGAGCAAUUCAAGAAGAAUCUCAAAGGUGUGAAUGGAGGAAAUGACUUUGAUCAAGACAUGCUGGAAGACAUCUACAAUGCCAUCAAGAGCGAGGAGAUUGUGAUGCCUGAUGAGCAGACAGGGCUGGUGAAGGAGAACUAUGUGUGGAGUGUUCUGCUGCACAGAGGAGCCUCGUCUGAAGGGAUGUUCCUGCAUGUGCCUGAAAGCAGUUACGACCGCGACCUCUUCACCAUGACCUGGGGACCCACCAUUGCUGCCCUCUCCUACGUUUUUGACAAGAGCCUGGAUGACACUAUCAUUCAGAAGGCCAUCGCUGGCUUCAGGAAAUGUGCCAUGAUCUCUGCGCAUUAUGGCUUCAGUGAUGUCUUUGAUAACUUAAUUAUUUCACUCUGCAAGUUUACUACUCUCAGCUCUGAGUCUGUAGAGAACCUGCCUACUGUGUUUGGCAGUAACAGGAAGGCUCAAGUUGCUGCCAAGACCAUGUUCAGCCUGGCCCAUCGUCAUGGUGACAUUUUACGAGAAGGAUGGAAGAACAUCAUGGACUCCAUGUUGCAGCUUUUCAGGGCUGAGCUCUUACCAAAGUCCAUGGUUGAGGUUGAGGACUUUGUGGACCCUAAUGAGAAGAUUUCCUUACAACGUGAAGAGACCCCAUCAAACAGGGGUGAGUCAGCUGUAUUGAGUUUUGUAAGCUGGUUAACAUUGAGUGAACAGUCUGGGCUCAGAGGCCCCUCCACUGAGAACCAGGAGGCCAAACAAGCUGCCCUGCUCUGCAUAAAGCACUGUGACCCAGAAAAGCUGAUUACUGAAAGCAAGUUUCUGCAAUUGGAGUCUUUACAGGAGCUCAUGAAGGCUCUCAUCUCGGUGAGCCCUGAUGAGGAAACAUAUGAUGAAGAAGAUGCUGCUUUUUGUCUGGAGAUGCUGCUGCGAAUUAUUCUUGAAAACAGGGACAGAGUAUCGUGUGUUUGGCAAACGGUACGGGAUCAUCUGUACCAGUUAUGCGUCCAUGCCAGUGAGAGCUGCUUCCUGGUGGAGAGAGCAGUGGUGGGAUUGCUCAGACUUGCCAUACGCUUAUUGCGUAGAGAGGACAUAGGCUCACAGGUUCUCCUCUCUCUUCGCUUGCUGUUGAUGAUGAAGCCGCACGUCCUGUCCAGAGUCUGUCGAGAGGUGGCCUAUGGCUUGCAUGAGCUGCUUAAAACCAAUGCUGCCAACAUCCACUGCACUGACGACUGGUACACGCUCUUUUCACUGUUGGAGUGCAUCGGGACUGGGGUCAAACCUCCGGCUGCCCUACAGGUCUCCAACACCAACCCAGACAUUGACACAGGCGCUCAGUCCGAUAGCGAACUCAGUUCAUAUCAUCAGAGUGAAGUUAGUCUUGAUCGGGGAUAUACGUCUGACUCUGAGGUUUACACCGAGCACGGCAAAUCCAGAAUGCCUCGUUCAGCUACUGAUGUGGAUUUGGGCUGGCUAAUGGUGGGUAAAGAUGAUCUGGAUGGAUCUAAGGCAGCAGUGACCCCAGCUUCAAAGCCCUUGAGCCAUACUCUCAUUAACCAGUACAGUUUAACUCUUGGGCAGGACAUGGGUUUGCAUGACACCAAAUCCCUCAUCAAGUGCGUGGACUCGCUUUCCUUCAUCGUACGCGAUGCCGCCCAUGUCACUCCAGAAAACUUUGAGCUUUGUGUUAAAGCCAUACGUGUGUUUGUGGAGGCUAGCCUUAAUGGAGGGUACCGCACCCACGAGAAGAAAAAGAGCCACAAAUAUGACUCCAAAUCCAGCCGGCUCCGAAAGAAGCCACGCGAGAAGGAAGGCACAUCGCGGAGAACCAAAGCAUCCAGUCAGCGGGCUGCCCGUUCUCAUAGCGACGAUGAGGAAGAUGAGGGCGUGCCGGCCAGUUACCACACGGUGUCUUUUCAGUUGUUAGACCUGAUGCAUACACUGCACACGAGAGCAGCCUGCAUCUACAGCUCUUGGGCAGAGGAACAGCGCCAUCUAAAGGAUGCUGGUAGAAAGAUCGAGGCGGAUUCUCAAACACUGUGGUCCAGCUGCUGGUGUCCCCUCCUUCAAGGUAUGGCUUGGUUGUGCUGUGAUGCACGGAGGCAAGUCCGGAUGCAAGCUCUCACCUACCUACAGAGGGCACUUCUUGUACACGAUCUACAAAUUCUGGAUGCAGUGGAGUGGGAGUCCUGCUUCAACAAGGUCCUGUUUCCUUUGCUGACCAAACUCCUAGACAACAUCAGUCCAGCUGAUGUGGGAGGCAUGGAGGAGACCAGGAUGAGGGCCUGCACACUGCUUUCUAAGGUGUUUCUGCAGCAUCUCUCGCCACUGCUUUCUCUGCCCACAUUUGCUGCCCUCUGGCUCACCAUUUUAGACUUCAUGGACAAGUACAUGCACGCCGGCUCCAGCGACCUUCUGCUGGAGGCCAUCCCUGAGUCUCUGAAGAACAUGCUGCUGGUGAUGGACACAGCAGGGAUCUUUCACAGCGCAGACUCCCGUACAGGCUACUCAGACUUGUGGGAAAUCACCUGGGAGAGAAUUGACUGUUUCCUACCCCGUCUGAAGGAAGAGCUCUUCAAACAGGCUGUCAUUCCAGAACCUGUGUGUAAUGUUCCUGUGGAGCCUGUCCCACUGCCUACUGCUGUUACUCCAGCCUCUCCCCCUGUGCCAGCCCCCUCACCAGUGCCAGCUGCCUCUGCAGAGCCAAACAUCCCCAGCAGACCCACAUCACCUCAGGACAUGUCCACACCUAAUGCCAGCGGUGAUCGAACAGACAGAUCAUCUCCAGUUCCUCCCUCAAAACCACCGAUGCCCACUCCAGCAAAGAUGAGUCCUCCUGACUCCCCACCGCCUCCUCUGGGCCAGUCUCCACUCAUCCUGCAGCCGCUCGCCUCUCCUCUGCAAGUGGGCGUCCCCCCGAUGUCCCUGCCAAUCAUUCUGAACCCGGCUCUCAUAGAGGCUACCUCACCAGUGCCCCUGCUGCCCCGCCCCUCCACCAAAUGACCCGCCCCUCAAACAUAAGCCCAAAGAGUGCCGCCGCCACGUCUGAGGGAGAAACGGUGGAAGCAGCAUCUGAUUUGACUGUUCUCCUGCACGUGUGCACUCGCUGUAGCCCACACUAUUACAUUAUGUAACAGCAGAACCUGGAAUAAGAGCGUAAGAGAGUGUGGAGGACAUCGACAUGCAUGGUUGCCUCUCCUCAUUUCAGACAUCAAAGCAACUCCCAAACUGCUCAGACUCGAAUGUCCUUCGGUUAAGAGAUGUUACAUAGAUGAUCCUAUUUAUUCAAAACAGGAAGGUGCCACCCUGGAGGACAGUUCAUUAUUGAUGGGACUAGAUUUAUUUCGGUCGGUUAGGUUAACUACACCUGUCAGAGCAGAUUUGAAUGUAUCAAUACUUGGUUGUUACUCAGGCAGUGAUCACAGAGAAUGGCUGAUGGGUAGAGGUACCGCACACUGGGUCCAGCUAAUGAAACCGUAAAAA